UUGCUGUGUCGAUUUUUACGCAAGCAGCUUCAUUAUUCUUGUGAUAUAAUUUGGAAAAGAGUAAAGUAGUUUUGUUGAAUCUGCAGCGUGAGUGAGUGUCCAUGUGGCACGUGAUGUAACAUUUAACGGUAAGACACGAAGGGGCGGUGGACUCGCGCUGCUGCGAACCGGUUCCGCCGUUACAUUCCCGCAGAAACUGGUUGAUCACACCGGGACCAGACUCGAGUCUCAGACAUUGGGGUUUUACAACCACAAUGUCCUAGGAAGCGAAAACGCUUUAAAAAGGGAGGGAGGAGUCCUAACUGUUGCUGCAGGCUGUAACGGGGUGACUCGAGCUGGGCGACAGUUUGGAUGUGGCGUGGCUUUUAACCCAAGCGCGGAGUGACUGACGCCGGGUUGAAUGGACACGCUGUUCUGGGAGCCGAGUGCGCAGCUGUAUGGUGACCUGGUGACACAGCUGAACACGGCGAGUCCUGGUCUGAGGCUGGUCUCUAAGAACAGGCAGGAUUCUUAGAUCUGGCUGGUCUGAUCUGAACAGGCUUCGUGAUCUGAGACAAUCUGGUUUGGACUCUGGGUUAGGUUCGGUUCGAACAAUGACUUUGGUUUUAUGCUUGACGCAUUCACUUUCCGCGCGGUGAUGCGGCUCGCGGAUGGAACGCGCUUCACAACUCGCAGUGUUUAUGGUUUGUGCGGCUUGUCUCUGCGCAUUCACUAUGCCUGGCAAAGAGUCCAAACGCAAGGCGGAUGCUGCUAAGCGCAGCAAUCGUCCAGCUCCGCCUAUUCGUAUCCGGAUUCCAACGCACAUCAAUGAUGAUGUUAAUUUUUCUGGAACUGGCUUUCGUCAUCGAGUUCGUCGUUGGCCGACCAGUGUGAUUUCUAACAAAGCUCACAAGUUGGUCCUUCCAGAUGAGAUUCCUGACAAGAAAUUCAUCCUACUUGUUGGGGACUCCCACUUGAGGUCCGUGGCAGACGGCAUAGUCCCUAUGCCGGUUGGCGGCCUCACUUUUGGUGUGAUGUCCACUCCAGGAGCUUGUGCAGAUCUUCUGCGCCUUGAGGUUUCACAGGCUGUGUUACCUCGGGAGCCUGAUGCUGUUUGCGUCAUGGCUCCUUCUAACAACCUUACGGCCAGCAGAACAGUUGAAGAGGCAGGGGAUGCAUUUGAGCGGUACCUUUUGGCUGUUCUCAGUCGCUGGCCUAAGGUUUUCUGUACCUCCAUGAUUCCCCGUUUAGUUGGAUCCUGGGAGCGUCAAGACCUGUUUCAGCAGGAGUACCACCGCAGAUCGGCUAAGCUAGGUGUAAGUUAUGUGCCGAUCCACGAUCACCUACCCAGGUAUCGUCUUAAACUGUGGUGCCGUGAUGGUAUCCACCUCAGUGAUAAUCACGGGAUGCCUAUACUCACGCAACUGAUGUGGAAUGCCUCCUAUCAGUUCUUGGAGACACACGCACCAAAGCCACUGGUGCAGCACCAGGUGUCUCGUCCGCAGAAAGCGAGUAUUGUGCCCCGUGUGGUUGUGAAGGGUGUGGAACGCAUUCCACCUCCACGCCCUUCCGAAUGGACGUUUGUGAGACCUAGCGGGAAGAGAAACCAUUCAGGGGAAUUUGAAAAGACUUCAAAUUCCCCCAAGAAACGAGUGGUUGUUUCUAAGGCUGAUGACACUUCAGUGGCCUUGAAGGAGUGUUUCAUCCCCCUGAAUCCCGUUAGGUUCUCACCUUCAAUUCUGGCUGCCAUGGACACGAUUGCUCCAGCGGAUGGUCCCACAGAUAUACAGACUACAUCUGUGCGACAUUUUAAGAAAGCAGCUAGGCGUGUCCAGCAGGAGGUUGCAUCCACACCUUGCAUAAAUCCUCUUGCAGACGUGGAGUCUGUUCGGUCUAGGAAGGAGGUGUUGGACUGUGACCAGCUGCCUUCACCCCACCAUCAGGAGGCAUCUGGUUGUCCUGGGUCUGUCUCUGGGUCUGUUGCUGCCCAUGCUGUGAUGCUUCCUUCUGGCCAUCAUGCGCAUGCAUCACCCAGAGGUCAGUCUGCUAACACCCCUUCUUGCGUGCGUUCACAGGUUUUGCUGUCAUCUCUAGUUCCAGAGACAACUGUUCAAAAUCCUGUUGUAAAUAAUUUUGAUAAAGAUAAAACAAUUUUACACAACGAUGAUACAAUUUUAGACUCUGUCCUAGGAUCAUUUCAUCAGGGCGAUGGGCGUUUUAAAUAUGGGGGAGUUCAGUGUGCAGCUAUUACUGUUGUUGCUUUAACAAAGCACAAACAGAAGAGUGUUUUCUCUUGGGAUUUUGCCGUGUUGGAUAACGUUGUUGAGUUAGGAGAUGAGCUGUACACAGAUUUGCGCGACAACAAGAAGAUUAGAGGUGGACAUGAGUUUCUCUCUGUUCCAGACUUGCCAAAGGAAAUUGACAUAGAAGAACAGCGUUUUAAGCUUGUUUACGGGGAUUUCGUUUUAGGAGAUGUAGAUGUAGCUGAAGGCGAGUUAAUAGAUGCUGGUGUGUACACUCCUCUCCUGGAUGGAUUGAAGAAGAUGUGCACACAGCAUGAAACUUGCAUUAUGACAUUAAGUGGCAAUACUUGUGCUAUCAUUUGUGAUAAUGGACGUUAUGCUGUAGUAGAUUCCCAUGCACGCUCCGCAGAUGGUAUGGUAGACCCGACAGGACAGAGUGUAGUUCUGUACUUUGCGAACCUUGAUAAUGUUUUUCAACAUUUUCAGAGAUUUGCUAGUGAACUGGUGGGAUCUCAGAGGUUAUUUGAGAUCACUGGAGUGGAUAUUGUUCAGAUGGACACAUUUAAACAUGUAUCUGAACAAACAGAUGACAUUGACAUAAACCCUGUUAUUUUUGUUAGUGAUGCUAGUACUAAAGAUUUUCAUUUCAGUCCCGUUUCUAGAGACGUGUCACAGGCGUUGAGUAAAUGUCUGAAUGUGAAGUCUGCGAUGGUUGAUGAAUCAUCUCCUGUUCCUUCAUGUAGCACAAGUGUGGUUAACGUUGAUGAUGACAACAGUAUUGUAAACAAUUAUACAAUUUUAAGCUCACUUACAGGAUCAUUUAAUCAGAGCGAUGGGCGUUUUAAAUAUGGCGGCGUUCAGUGUGCAGCAAUUAGUCUUGUUGCUUUAACUAAGCACAACAUACAAAGUGUUUUUUCAUGGGAUUUUGCCAUGUUAGACAAUGUUGUUGUUUUGGGCGAUGCGCUGUACACAUAUUUGCGUGACAGUAAUCUAAUAAGUGCUGGGAAUGUGUUUCUUUCUGUUCCAGAAUUGCCAAAGGAAAUCGUUAUGGGCGAACAGACUUUUAAGUUGAAUUAUGGGGAUUUUGUUUGUGGAGAUGUAGACAUAGUUGAAGGCGAACUUAUAAAUGCUGGAGUGUACACUAGUCUUUGGGAUGGUUUGAAUAAGAUGUGUACACAAUAUGAAACAUGUUUUAUUACACUUGGAGACAAUACUUGCGCUUUACUUAGUGAAGAUGGACAUUAUGCUAUUGUUGAUUCACAUGCUCGUUCUGCAGAUGGAAUGGUUGACCCAAACGGUAAAAGUGUAAUUUUAUACUUUAGUAGUCUUGACAAUGUUUUUGGAUAUAUUCUGAGGUUUGCCAGUAAAUUAAAUGGAACUCAGAAGUUGUUUGAGAUCAGUGGAGUUAACAUUGUUCAGAUGGACACAUUUAAAAAUGUUUCUGAACAAACAAGGUUGCCUCCAACAACAGGAAAGGAGGUUAGACGUGAAGAGUCAUUUCCACUCUCGGAACCAAUCAAGUUACAGACAGAUGACACCGACAUAAACCCUGUUGUUUUUGUUAGUGAUGUUAGCACUAAAGAUUUUCAUUUCAAUCCCAUUUCUAGAGACGUGUCACAGGUUUUAAGUAAACGUCUGAAUGUGAAGUCGGCAAUGGUUGAAUCAUCUCGUGUGAUUGGUGAAUUGGGUGUACCAUGCAUGAAUAAAUCAAUAGUGGCAGAUGGAAACUGUUUUUUUAGAGCACUUAGUCAAGCUGUUUAUAGCACCCAGGAAUAUCAUAGAAAAAUCCGUCUUGCUUUGGUCAAUCAGUUAAAAAAGAAUCCUCAAACGUAUCAAACCAUUUUAAGAAGUGAGUAUUCCUCAGUUUCGCAGUACCUCACCUCAUCCAGGAUGCAGUACGUUGGCAGUUGGGCAACUGAAGUGGAAAUUCAAGCUGCUGCUGAUUAUUUUGGCAUUAACAUAUUUACUUACUGUAAUGAUAAAUGGCUUAAAUAUACUUCCAAUAGCAUCUUUUCACAGCAGGCUGUUUAUUUGGAGAAUAGUAAUGGUAACCAUUAUGAGACAGUGGUUUGUGUAAAACAACCUAACACAGAAACUUGUUAUGGUUAUUGUGGCCCUGUAGAUAGUGUUUCUGGUAGAUACAAUACUCGACAUGCCCCUACAGAACAUUUAAAAUGUUCCGUAGAAACUGUGACGCUUGAGCCGAGUUCCAUAGAUACAGAUGGUGUUGGUGUUGCUCAUUCAAAUACUUUAUUUACUCCUAUGUCUGCAGAUUUUUGUAAAACUCUGUGUAAUCGGUUGAAAAUAGAUUAUGAGAAACACAAUUCUCAAGAAUCCACAUCAGGUGGGCCUUUAGGAAAUGUGUGUAAGACAGAACAUAUUAUUGAAGAUGGUAACAGUUUCUUUAGAGCUGUAGCUCAUGUAAUUAGUGGGUCACAGAAGGGCCAUCGUAAGAUCAGACUCGCUGUUGUUUCUUAUAUGUCCAAAAAUGCUGAAGAGUGUGAGAACUUUCUGGAAAAAGAACAUGCUUCUGUGUCACAAUACAUAAAAAAGUCACAGAUGAAUUAUGUCGGCCACUGUGCUACAGAAGUAGAAUUUAGAACUACAGCCAGUGUUUUAGGAUUACCCAUAUUUAUCAACAAUGGCACAAACUGGGUCAAAUAUAGUUCUCAAACUAGUAAUUUUGUCACUGAGGGACUAUAUUUGUCAAACUGUAAUAAUCAUUUUGAACCCGUUCUUUGUAUAAGACUGACUAAUAAAGAAACAUGUUUUGGGUUUUGUAAAGUUGAUUCUUUGCCAGACAAUGUAAACAAAUGCAGAAGGUCAACUAUCAUCCAGUUAAAUGCUGACCCAAACAUGGAAAAGAUGAAAACAAGGAAGAGUUUUUCCAGAUAUUUAAAGCAAAAUAAGGCUCAUGCAGAAGCCUCUAAUUAUAAAACGGUAAAUGCAGUUAAAGACAAAAUAAAAAGUCAAAAGAAAAAUGCAUACAAGCAAAAUGUUGCUUACAGAAUGAAAAAGAUCAGCGUGACCAAAUUUAAAUACAAAUUUCUUCUUUCACAUAAAGAGAAAGUGAAAAAGAUGGCUUCGCUUUACUACCAUUACAACUUGUCUAAGAAAGACAAAGUUAAACGGAGGGCCAUUUUCAACUACCAUCAUAAUUUGGCUCACAAAGACAAAGUUAAACAGAGGGCCAUUUUCAACUACCAUCAUAAUUUGGCUCACAAAGACAAAGUUAAACGGAGGGCCAUUUUCAACUACCAUCAUAAUUUGGCUCACAAAGACAAAGUUAAACAGAGGGCCAUUUUCAACUACCAUCAUAAUUUGGCUCACAAAGACAAAGUUAAACGGAGGGCCAUUUUCAACUACCAUCAUAAUUUGGCUCACAAAGACAAAGUUAAACGGAGGGCCAUUUUAAACUACCAUCAUAAUUUGGCUUAUCAAGAAAAGCUUAAACAGAUGAGUGUUUAUAACUACCAUCAUAAUUUGGCUCAUCGUGACAAAAUGAAAGAGUUGAGUAGAAAGAAAUACCUUAAUAUUAAACAUAAGACAUGUUUAAUAGAAAGCAUCCAGCAUAAAAGAAAGCUGAUUAAAGUAAAUUCACAAAACUUUGAUUUUGUUGUAGGUCAGUUUUUAGAGAAGGUGAAAGAUGGACCUGAUUUUGUGUGUUGUGUUUGCUCACGUUUGUUGUUUAGACAUCAGGUCUUAAAUUGUAAUCAAGAAUACUAUAGAAAAACCAAAGAAAUGUCACUUAUAGCAGAUAAAUGUAUAAGUGACAAUCAUCUGCACAAUUGCAAUGAUGCGUGUAGAUUACCUUGCAAAUUGAAUAUAUGUAGAAAUAAAUUGUACAUCUGUUACACGUGUCAUUAUAAAAUGAGUAAAUGUCACAUACCCCCAGAAAGUUCAGUCAACAGGCUGACUGUUGAUCCCAUCCCACCUCAACUGGCAUGUUUAAAUACGUUAGAGCAACAUUUAAUAGCGAUGAAUAUACCAUUUAUGAAAAUGUUGGCUCUGCCCAAAGGUGGUCAGAAUGGGAUUCAUGGCCCGAUAACUUGUGUACCUGCAAAUAUAGUGGAAACGUGCAGUUUGUUACCACGUACCAACAUGGAGGGGUCUUUAUUACCUGUAAAGUUAAAGCGUAAAUUGACAUAUAAAGGACACUAUGAUUAUCAGUAUGUCGACACACAGCAUGUUCAGGAAGCUCUUCAGUAUUUAAAACAUCAUAAUCUGCAUUACAAAGAUGUAGAGUUCAAUGAGUCUUGGAUUAACACAUUUACUCAGGAAGAUGAGUCAUCUGUCUUGGAAGAGGAUAGUGGUUCUAGUAAAGAUGAAGAUACUUGCAUAGAUGGAGAAGAUGAGUUAUUGCAUGACAGACAACAACACUGUAUGUUUCAGGACACCUGUCUCAUGCCAGUAGAUAUAGGACAAGAAGCAUUGGAUCAGUAUGUAGAUAACAUAUUAAAUGUAGCUCCAGGUGAAGGUAACAAUCCAGUGAAAUUGCUUUCAGAUUUUACAAAUGAAGCAAAAUGUUUUCCCGUCUUGUUUCCUUCAGGAUCGAAUACUUACUAUGAAAGCAGACAAUUUCGUUUGACUCUGAAUCGGUAUUUCAACAACAGGCUUCUUCAUGUUGAUGGUCGAUUUGCUAACAAUGUAGAAUAUAUAUUUUUUGCACAGUACAUGUCUGAACUAGAGCAAGUUGUGUCCAAAGUUUCUAUAGCUUUGCGUAAAGGUAAAAGCGGUGAAUCUCAGAAGUUGGGUAAUUUGAUACAGGAUCAGGAUUCUUUAAGUAAGCUGUUAGAGUUUGAUGAUGGCUACCGGUUUCUUAAACCAAUUCGCGGCACACCUGCUUUUUGGCAAUCUGCACAGCGAGACCUCCUGGCCUGUGUAAAAAUGUUGGGCAAACCUACUUGGUUCGCAUCAUUUUCGUCGGCAGAUUUGAGGUGGACUAACCUUCUUUAUAGUAUUUUGAAACAGGAAGGCAGAACAGAGACAGUGGAACAGCUGGAGUGGGCUGAUAAAUGUGACCUCCUACGUAGGAAUCCAGUAACUGCUGCCCGAAUGUUUGAUUUUAGAUGGCAUGUCUUCUUAAGGGAAGUGCUAAUGUCUCCUGCCAAUCCCAUUGGUAAAAUAGAAGAUUAUUAUUAUCGUGUUGAGUUCCAGCAGCGUGGUUCUCCUCACUGUCAUUGCCUUUUCUGGGUUUCUGGUGCUCCCAUUUUAGAUAAGAACACAGAUGAGGAGGUCACUGCAUUUGUUGAUAAAUAUGUGACAUGUGAACUUCCUUCUGAAGACGAUUCACUACAUGAAGUUAUCUCAUCUGUCCAGCAGCACUCCAAACGGCAUUCAAAGACUUGUAGAAAGAAAAAAACUGUUUGUCGUUUUAAUUUUCCACGACCUGCAUCUGUUAGAACUUUUAUUAGUCGCGGCGAAAAGUAUCAAGAUGCAGUGAAGAUUUGCAAGUGUGAUAAAACAGAUAGCACUGUACCAUGUGCCUGUGCGUCUCAAGAUAAAGCACAUAAACAGGAAAUGGACAAAGAAGUAGCAAGUGCCAUUUUAACUAAAGUAAAGACUGCUAUUUCUAGUGAAGACUGUCCAUAUAACAGUGUAGAAGGUCUGUUUCAGGGCCUGGGUAUCAGUCAGGAACUAUUUGAGAUGGCAUAUAAACGAUUUAGUCGAAAUACACAUGUUGUUUUGAAAAGGGAAGUUAAUGAAAUCUGGAUUAAUCAGUAUAGCAAGUUGCUGUUAAAAGCUUGGAAUGCUAAUCUUGAUAUCCAGUAUUGCGUCGAUGCUUAUGCAUGCUGUGUAUACAUAAUAUCAUACAUGUCUAAAAGUGAACGGGAAAUUGGCCUUCUGCUUGCUAAUUCUCAAAGAGAAGCAGCCAAAGAUGGUAAUCUUAGUGCUAAAGAGGCCUUGAAGACUCUUGGUAAUGUUUAUCUUCAUAAUCGGGAUGUUUGUGCUCAGGAAGCAGUCUACAGGCUAACUAACAUGCAUCUUAAGGAGUGUUCAAGGAAAGUUGUGUUUGUUCCCACCGGUGAUAAUAUAGUGAAAAUGAGUUUGCCUAUUUCUGUUUUGAGGCAAAAAGCAGCAUCACAGGAUCUCACUUCAGAUGACAUGUGGAUGACCGGAUUAGUUGAUCGUUAUAAGAAGAGGCCAAAUGAUGAUGUGUUCAAUGAUAUGUGCCUGGCUACGUUUGCAUCAGAAUAUCGUGUUUUGAGUAAAAACGAAAAAUGUAGAAAUCCUAUAAAGUUAAGUAAUGAUUUAGGAUUUGUUACAAAAAGAACUCGGACUAAACCAGCGGUUGUUCGUUAUGCGCGUUUCUCUGAAACCAAAGACUCAGAGAAAUUUUAUCAAAGCAUGUUGCAGUUGUUUUUGCCGUACCGCCAUGAUGGUGAACUUAAGCUUAACUGUGAAACUUUUGAGGAAUUUUACAGAACUGGUUUAAUUAGAUUUUUUGAUAGAACAAACCACUUGGUAAAGGCUGUUGUAGAUUUAAAUCGGGGUAAAUUUGAAUUAGAAUCCGAUCAUUUGGAUGCUGUGAAUGAUAUAGUCGGUGAUGUAAUGUUAGAAGAUGCAUGGUGUGAGUUGUGUCCGGCAGUUGAAAUGGAACGUUUGGAGUGUGCUGAAAUACUGAAAGAAUCGGAACCAACAGUAAGUGACGAGGCAGAAGUAAUCCCAGAUUUGGCUCCAUGUUCAAACCAAAUUGCACGUUUAGAGAAGAGAAACACGAUGAGUAGAGGUGAAGGUCUGGCAUUGAUUAGGUCUUUAAAUGAAAAGCAGUUUUCUGUUUUUAAUCAAAUCAGGCAGUGGUGUGUAGAUAAAGUUAAUGGUAAUAACCCUGAACCACUGCAUGUUUUUAUUACAGGUGGGGCGGGCGUUGGGAAAAGUCAUUUAAUUCGAGCAAUUGAGUAUGAAACACAGAGAUUACUGUCACCAAGCUGUAGACAUCCUGAUAAUGCAUGUGUAGUAUUGACAGCUCCUACAGGGAUUGCAGCAUAUAAUUUAGGUGCAACAACAAUCCACACUACACUGUCUAUAGGAAAGGAUGUACGCUUACCGUACACUCCUCUGGGUGAAGAAAAACUAAAUUCUUUACGUACAAAAUAUUGUGAUUUGCAGCUUCUUAUUAUUGAUGAAAUAUCAAUGGUCGAUCAUAACCUGUUGUCCUAUGUUCAUGGUAGAUUACGUCAAAUUAAACACACGGGUGACUUUUCACCUUUUGGAAAUGUCAGUGUAGUAGCCGUUGGAGAUUUCUUCCAGCUACCUCCUGUUAAAGGGAAGCCACUCUAUUCUGAUGGUGUAGGUAGCAACUUAUGGUCAAGCCUAUUUAAAGUUGUACAGUUAACUGAAGUCGUUAGACAGAAAGAUGCUGUGUUUUCUGGACUGUUGAAUAGAAUCAGAACUCAUACAAAAGGUACACCAUUGUUACCUGAGGAUUUAAAGGUUUUAAAAACUUGUGAAACAGGUGAGGCGAGCUCAGCAUUGCACAUAUUUGCAACAAAUAAUCAAGUAAAUAAUCACAACAUCCAUCAGUUAUGUCACGUUUGUCCUGAUUACAUAUCAAUUACAGCCAAAGAUUAUGUUAAUGAUAAAAGAACAGGCAAACUGAAGUUGUUGGAAGGGAAUCAUGCCAGAGCUUCUAAUACUAACUUGUCAGAAGUGUUACAGUUGGGUAAGGCUGCUCGUGUAAUGUUGUGUAAAAAUGUGGAUGUCAUUGACGGUUUGGUAAACGGAGUUUGUGGUACUGUGACGGAAAUGGUAAUGUUAGAAAAUGACACCUUUCCUAAAAAGGUUUAUGUUCAGUUUGAUGACCAUCGUGUAGGCUUGCAGAGAAGGAAAACAUCCCAGUCUCUGUCAUCAAAUUUAGCUGGAUCUACACCUAUUGAACCUGAGGAGGAGAGAGCCACUGUUAAGGGUGGAUUACGUCGACAAUUUCCUCUUAAAUUAGCUUGGGCGGUUACGGUUCAUAAAGUUCAGGGACUCACUCUUGAAAACGCCGUUGUUAGUUUUAGGAAAAUAUUUGCACCAGGUCAAGCAUAUGUAGCACUUAGCCGUGUAACAAGUCUUUCAGGACUCACAAUUCAGGACUUUGAUGAAAAACGAAUCUAUUGUAAAGAUGACAUUACAGUUGCAGUUAACGAUAUGACUCCUUUUUUGACUCCAAACCCACAGUUCGACAGAUUUAACUCUUCCACAUUCACUGUGUUUUUAAUGAAUGUCCAAAGUCUGAAUCGACACGUUAAAGACUUGGCUUUCUGCACACAGCAUUUGCAACCUAAUUGCAUUGCUGUCACAGAAACAUGGGUAUCUACAGACAGAUCAGAUGCAGUACAGAUUGAUGGCUAUAGUUUUUACAACUGCCCACGAGGUUUAGCUUAUUCUAGUACCCAUGAGUCAUUGAUUGCUUUUCAAGAACAACAACAUGGUGGUGUUGGCUUUUAUACCGCAGAUGGUGUGGCAUUUAAAAUGUUGCAGGCUCCAGACGUCAACUUGGAGAGUUUAGUGUAUAGCUUUGUUAACUUACACAUAGUACUUGGACUCCUUUAUCGACCUCCUUUGUAUCCCCUUUCUUUGUUUAAAGUAAAUUUAACAAAGUUGCUUGAUUGGCUGGAGGUACAAAGUGAGACAUUAGUGCUAAUGGGAGAUUUUAAUGAUGACAUUUUAAAAUCAUCAACAAUAUUAAAACUUUUGACUGACAGAGGCUAUGCCCAAAUAGUCAAACAGCCAACAACCGAGAAAGGCACUUUAAUAGAUCAUGUCUAUGUAAAAUCCAACAAGUAUAUAACAGAAGCAUCUGUUAUUCCAACAUAUUUUAGUGAUCAUCAGGGCAUCAUGUGUGAUUUUACACGGCUUUAGUUUACCUCAAAAACAGAUUUGAUUUGAUCAACACCUAACUGCAGAAUUUGUAAUGU